GGAAACUAUGAUCGUUCGUAUAAUUACCCUAAAUACACAACAUGGAGGUGGAACUGUUAAAUGGCAAAUCUGGUAAAACUGUUGCAGUUUUGAAAAAUUUGACACCAGAAUCAACAAUUUCUGAUGUGAAAAAGUUCCUGGCUGUACAAAAGAAGCAAUAUUACCCAGAUAGACAAUCCUACAAGAUAGACCCCAAGUCAAAAAGCUUGAAGGAUGAUCAGACUCUUGGUCAGUUAGGCAUCAGCAAUGGUGGAAAACUUUACUUCAAAGACCUGGGUCCCCAGGUUGGUUGGGCAACAGUUUUCCUUACUGAAUAUGCUGGUCCACUGGUGAUCUACUUGUUCUUCUAUAUAAGACCAGCUAUCAUCUACGGUGACCUUGUAGAUACACAUAGACACCCAGUAACAAAGAUAGCAUGUGCAUGUUGGACCUUCCAUUAUGCCAAGCGAUUGUUUGAGACUGUGUUCAUCCAUAGGUUCUCCCAUGCUACAAUGCCAAUUUUUAACAUUUUCAAGAAUUCUGUUUAUUAUUGGGGAUUCGCUGCUUUUGUUGCCUACUUCACCAACCAUCCUCUAUAUACCCCUCCAGCAUAUGGUGAUCUACAGGUUUACGGAGGUUUGGCAGGCUUUUUGUUGAGCGAACUGGGCAAUUUUUCCAUCCAUGUCAACCUAAGGAACCUCAGACCACCAGGAACAAAGGCACGUCGUAUCCCUUACCCAAGCAGCAACCCAUUCACAAUGUUGUUCAAGUUUGUAUCUUGUCCUAACUACACAUAUGAGGCUGGGGCUUGGAUCAGCUUCUCAAUCAUGACACAGUGUUUACCAGCAUUACUGUUCACUGCAGCAGGGUUCUACCAGAUGGCUAUAUGGGCCAUGGGCAAACACAGGAACUAUAAGAAAGAAUUUGAAAACUACCCACGAGGAAGGAAACCCAUUAUACCAUUCCUGCUAUAAUUGAUCAAUACGUAGAGUAUUCUAAGGAACACUUGAUGCAGUUUUGAGUGAUCAUGGACAUGAAGAGUUUAAGAAUGAAUGCCAAUGAAUUAUCUGUUGUUGUUCUACUACUACAUAUUUUGUUAUUUGAGACUCAUGCAAAUAUUUAUAUAAUCAUAUUGAUAACAAUGACAUUAAAUCUUAGGAUGAAUCUUGAAGAUGAUAACCAUAUUUAAAACAGUUCAUAGAAGUUAUAGAUGUUUCUGUAGCCUCAUCUUUUUUUCUAUAUAUAGGUGGAUCAUCACUAUUUCCUUCGCCUUUUUCUUUCUUUGUAAAAUUGAUUGUAAUUCUGUUGUGGCUUGUUUUUAAUACUUUUGUAAUAUUACACUUGAUAAAUUGCGAAUAAAAUGAUAAAAUUGUAUAUAUUGUGUUUCUU